GGGAUUAGGGAUAGCAUGUUUAGUAUUAAAGAUUAUUGUGAUUUUGUUCCUAAUAUAAUGGGACUGUUUUGUAUUGGUCUGACUUGAGUUCAUUAUUGAUUUGACUAAAUUGGUACUCUGGGACACCUGAGCUAAUUCAUUCAUAACAUUCUGGUUGGAGUUGUCUGUAACUUGUUUAAAGAGGAAAGACAACAGUUGACAUUUGGAACAUUGCCUCCCCUCUAAAAACAAUUGUUUGGCCAAACUAAAAAUUCUACAGAAACUGCUUUUCUUUGUAGAAAAAUAUUUGGGGUGGCACAGUGACUCAAUGAUUAGCACAGCUGCCUCACAGCACCAGAGACCUUGGUUCUAUUCCAUCCUCAGGCGGCUGUGUAGAGUUUGCACAUUCUCUCCAUGUCUGCGUGGGUUUCCUCCAGGUGCUCCAGUUUCCUCUCACAGUCCAAAGGUAUGCAGGUUAAAUGGAUUGGCCAUGCUAAAUUGCCCAUAGUGUCCAGGGAUGUGUCGGCUAGAUGGAUUAACCAUGGGAAAUGCACUGUUAUGGGGAUUGGGUGAGAUGCUGUUUGGAGGAGUGGUGUGGACUUGAUGGGCCAAAUGGUUUACUUCCACACUGUAGUGAUUCUAUGAUUCAAUGAUUUAAGAGUUAUAGUAUCAGGUAGGCAGAUUUUAAGAUUCAGAUCAGCCAUGGUCUGAACCUGUGGGAUUGGAUGGUUUACUUAGAUGAAGACAAUUAUGAAUAAUAAACUGUUUUAGCUGAAGAACAGCAGAUCUGGUCUUAAACAAAAUGCCACUUAAUAGCCCAAGACUAAAAUAAUCUGAAUCACCACACCUAAAUCAGCAAACAAAAGAGUGAUAUAACAAAACAAAAAAUUGAGGACGCUGGAAUAUCUAAAACAGACAGAAAUUGGAGAAGGGGCAGGGUUUGGCGAAACACAGCACUUCUGGCACCAUCUGUAGAGUGAAAAAACAGGGUUAACAUUUUGAAUCCAGAAACUCUUCUUCAGAACAGCGGGUCACUGUCCAGGAAGCCCAACGUGGACUCCUGGUCUCAGGUGAUUUCCAGUGCAGACUCCCAGCAUCAAGGCCAAACCCAGCGUGGACUCCCUGCUUCAGAAGGACUAUUUUGUAGGUAGGCAUCUAUGCACCUAAGAUGGUACAGGGAUGUGUCUGCAAGUCCUAUCUGAAACCUGACAGUAAUCGACAGCAGCGCCUUCGUUCCUUCUCGGAUUGAGAGUGGAUUAAACGUUUAGAAGAUGAACAACAGUGAGAGCCCGAUAUUUGCAGUAGUCACUCCAGUCAACUUACUUACAACAUUUCUUGUUUUGCCCAUGGCAAGUACAAACAAUAACAAGAAUUUGAGCAUGCCCCUGGAGCUGUCUGGCAAAAACUCAAGUACAGAGGAGCAGAGGAUUUUCUUGGAGACUCCAGCAGCACAGGCAAUCUCUGGGAUAUUUGUUUGGGCAGCACUGAUUGUGACAUUUCACCAGAUUUAUCAGCAUCUCCGACACUAUAGCUCACCCAACGAGCAGCGCUACAUUCUCCGAAUCCUUUUCAUCGUUCCAAUCUAUGCUUUCGACUCCUGGCUAAGCUUGCUUUUGAUCAGUAAUGAUCAGUACUAUGUUUACUUUGACUCUGUGCGAGAUUGUUAUGAAGCUUUUGUGAUUUACAACUUCCUUAGCCUCUGCUAUGAGUACCUAGGUGGAGAAAGCUCGAUAAUGUCAGAAAUCAGAGGGAAGCCCAUCAAGUCCAGCUGUUGGUACGGAACGUGCUGUCUGAUGGGUAUGACCUACUCCAUUGGAUUUUUACGGUUUUGUAAGCAGGCUACCCUACAAUUCUGCGUGAUUAAACCUCUUAUGGCAGUCAUCACCAUUAUUUUGCAAGUGUAUGGCAAAUAUCACGAUGGAGACUUUGAUGUGAGAAGCGGAUACCUUUAUAUCACUAUUAUUUAUAACAUCUCUGUCAGUCUUGCACUCUACGCGUUGUUCCUCUUCUACUUCGCCACCAGUGAACUCCUCAGUGCAUUCGAUCCUAUUCUGAAAUUCCUGACAGUGAAGUCUGUUAUUUUUCUCUCCUUCUGGCAAGGAAUGUUGCUAGCGAUCUUGGAGAAAUUUGGAGUAAUUCCAGAAGUCCAGAUUAUUGAUGGCCAUGAAGUCAGGGCUGGGACAGUGGCUGCAGGCCACCAGAACUUCAUCAUCUGCAUUGAGAUGUUCUUUGCUGCCAUUGCCCUUCGCUACGCCUAUCCAUCUCAAGUAUACAGUGAAAAACGUGAGGCCACACCAGGUAACAUAGCUCCCAUGCAAAGCAUAUCCAGCGGCCUGAAGGAGACGAUGAAUCCCAAUGACAUUGUGCAGGAUGCGAUCCACAACUUCUCCCCAGCAUAUCAACAGUAUGCACAGCAAUCGACCAAAGAUGAAGUAACACCCAGGUACAAUGGACAUACCUUGCCCCAAGCAUGUAACCAUUUUACAGGCCGCCGAAAGACUGGCGAGAAAAUUAUCCUCAUCAGCUCUGAGGAUGAGCUGUAGACUCGAGUAAUUCUUUUAUUUUUAAAAAAGCAGAAGUGAGAUGCUGAGACAAGUAGUGGCUAAUCUUUGUCAUUCAUCCUUCCAGAGAUCAGGAAUCACUCUGUUCCCCUUUCCCGGGAGUCAGGCUGCAAUCUUUGAUUUUCAUUUUCUUCAAGCUGUUUUGACUUUAAGUGAUUCCUAAAUCUCAAAGUAGAACAAUGUGUUCAGGCAAAACCAUGGAAUUUUACUGUAAGUAACCCAAAGCAGCUGCAGAUGUAUGAUGUUCCAUACAUAUGCUUGCACACACUCAAAUCACAUCAUCUUGUGAUCUCCUUUUUUUUUGCACUGUCUCUCUCAUGCACACACCAUACCUUCACCCUCUCAUACAUUCUCCUACUAACGUUCAGGCACAGUCAUCUUCACUGUUUUGCACAUACACGCCUUGCCUUGUGAUUGUACCCCUCUCCCUUGGUCUCAACUGCAUGGUCUCUUUCCUACGUUGUGGUACAGAGUGAACAUUAAUCUGUUCUCUGGAUUGUUUGAUGCAUUAUUGAUCUGAAGAAUCUCCCACAGCUAAGGUAUUGGUUUCAGAGAUUAUUUGCAUAUUCAGUAUAAAAUCACUGAGGAGUAGAUGUAUUUUCCAUAACUGAAAUUUUUAAAUACCUGGCUAGUUAAUGACGGAGGAGCGGAAUGGCUGUCAGCUUUUUUGCGCUGAAGUCUUUUAUUACAAACUCAUUUCAGAAAUGGCUUUUAAUCAGUAUUUUCCCAACAUCAAUCUCCAAAUAACAACAUUCUGGGACCGUUGACCAGAAACGUUAACUGGAUCUGCCACAUAAAUACUGUGGUAACACGAGCAGGUCAAAGGCUGUUAAUUCUGUGCCUCCCAAGCCCCUCUGCCAUCUGGAAGGCAGAAGUCAGGAAUAUGAUGGAGUACUCUUCUUGUCUGAAUGCGUGGAGCUGCAACAACACUUUAGUAGUUCGACAUCAUGAGACGAAGCUGCCACACAGCUGAUACUCUGUGCACAAUCUUAAACAGUCACUUCCUCGACCAGUGGUGCAUUGUGCCAAUUUUGUAAAAUCUACAUGUUAACACUCGCAACUAUUCGAAACUCCUUCAACACCACCUAAAUCCACAAUUACCACCACCUAGAAGAAGGGUGGCGGCUACAUGGGAACAUUACCUGCAAGUUCUGCUCCAAAUUGCACACUGUACUGACUCAGAACAAGGUGACCAGCUGAACUCCUGGAACCCACAACCCAACAGCAGUGUGCAGGAGUACCUUCAAUUUUCAGACUUUGGUGGUUCAAGAAGGCCAAGGCAACUGUCACAUGUAUAGUUAGGAUGGGUAAUAACCACUGACCUCACCUGUGCCAGACACCUCAUGAAUGAUUGAUUAAAAUAUUACUCUGGCUAAAAGAAAUAACAAUUUAUAGUGAUGCAUUCCCGAUGUCUGUGCCCACAACUACUGACAUUACGUGGCCUCAUUGCACUUGUGACUCCUUCAUCCUCCAACAUGGUGGGCGUACAAAUGCCAAGACGUGUUUUUAAACAAAAAGGGAGGAAGUUGUGUUUUAUUGGAUUGAAAAACGUGUUUGGACACCACUGAGAACGCACAUUCGGAUUAGAUCAGUCUAAUUGGACACAAUACUCUAUUGUGCACUUUGCUAAAUAAUGGACAAUAAUUGAGCAAACAGGUACCCUAAGUUUGACAGUGAAUAGAAGAAUACUGUUCAGUGUUUGUGCUCUUGCUGUGCUGUAUAACCAAUACUGAUGCUGUUUGGGGAGGUACGGAUGGUAAGUGAUCCUUCCAUGCCAGGCCCUGAAUUUACAAAUUUAAAGGCAAAUACUGAAAAGCAGAUAACUAAUCACAAAUUAUGCCCACCUCUCAUGUAGUUAACUGUUUGUUUGUGCUCGCUACUAUAUUAAUUUCAAGAACUAAUUGUUGUAGGAAAUCAGCAACUACUGAGCCAGAUUCAGGAUCCCUAAGCAGUUUACAUCAUGUUUACGUUCUUCAUUAUAACAGGAAGUAGAGCUUUAUAAAUUGAUUAAAGGAUUGGAGUCGUUCUAGUUUAAAUGACUGUGAAUGCAUUUAAAUAUUUGUGGGGAAAGUGGAAGAAUAAUUGUAUACACUAUAUGACUAUGGGCUAUGAACUGUAUGACUAAUUUUGUUAUGAAGCAACUGGACUCUGAGUCUUACUUUGUUUUUGUCUGGUUGUUAAUUUUUAAAAAAUUAUUUGCUGCUAUUUUGAUACUUGCAUUAUUUCAAUGGAAAACAGGGUUAUUGCAAGAGUGCAACAAGUUUAGGAUAACCCUCUGAUACAGUCAUGAAUAGGAAUGUAUUUUUCUUGAUUAUUUAUCAAGGUAGCUGUUGGCAGUUGUAGUUUGCUAAUUAGCACUGAUAUCACAGAAUCCAGUUAGACGAGCAACUUAACAAAGUGUGAAGCUGGAUGAACACAGCAGGGCUUGCAGCAU